GCUUUUUUCCUGAACACGACUGCCAGAGCUACACUGCACCUCCAGCCUCCAGCGGGACUAAAAACACUGCCACGGUAACAGCCACUCUGGGGGGGGGGAACAGCCUCUGGGUUCACUACUCUCCUGGGAAACGUUGUUCAGCUCUCCACACUCAUCUACAGACAGACAGAAAACAGAGAACGUUUCAGGAGCUGCAAUGACAGAGCGGACGACUAAAAAACAGGGAUUUAAAAAGUGUCGGAGUGCCACUUUCAGCAUUGAUGGCUUCAGCUUCACCAUCGUCGCCAAUGAGAGCGGGGAAGGCAAGCGCCGUCCUCUGGGUCGCUUUGCACGCUCACGGUCCCAAAAUGCAUUAUCCACCGCUGUCACAGCCCACACUGGCAUCACUGAACACAAAGGAGUUCUGUUCGACCCUCGCAGCAGUGAAGAGAUCCUGGCUGAUGAACUGCCGUUCCCUGACACACCAGAGGCUAUGGAGAAGACCGCAAUCAGGUUACGAUGUCUGGUAAAGCAGCUGGAAAGAGGAGAAGCUUCUGUGGCGGACCUUAAGAAAAACCUGGAGUAUGCUGCCUCAGUCCUUGAAUCUUUAUACAUGGAGGAAACAAGACGCCUGGUGGAUCCAGAGGAUGAGCUCAGUGAUAUCCAGUCAGACUCUGUGCCCUCAGAGGUCCGUGACUGGCUGGCCUCCACUUUCACCAGACAGAGAGGUCUGAUCCGCCGUAACGAAGACAAGCCACGCUUCCGCAGCAUCGUCCAUGCAGUUCAGGCGGGCAUCUUUGUGGAAAGAAUGUACAGACGAACUUCAAACAUGGCUGGCCUCAAUUAUCCUCCAAACGUCAUCACAGUGCUGAAGCAUGUGGACACAUGGACCUUUGAUGUGUUUGCACUGAAUGAGGCGAGCGGGGAGCACGCUCUAAAAUUCAUCCUCUAUGAGCUUCUCACAAGAUAUGACCUGAUGAGUCGCUUUAAGGUUCCUGUUUCUGCCCUCAUAUCUUUCGCGGACUCGUUGGAGGCGGGUUACAGCAAACACAAGAAUCCCUACCACAACCUGGUUCAUGCUGCUGACGUCACACAGACCAUCCAUUACCUGCUCCUCAAGACUGGCAUGGUGCACUGGCUCACUGAGCUUGAGAUCUUUGCAAUCAUCUUUGCAGCUGCCAUCCAUGACUUUGAACACACAGGAACCACGAACAACUUUCACAUUCAGACCAGGUCCAACACAGCCAUGCUGUAUAACGACCGAGCUGUCCUGGAGAACCACCAUGUCAGCGCCGCCUAUCGCCUCCUCCAAGAUGAUGAAGAAAUGAACAUCUUCAUCAAUCUGGUGAAAGACGACUGGAGAGAACUGCGGGCUCUGGUGGUGGAGAUGGUGUUGGCCACAGACAUGUCAUGUCACUUCCAGCAGAUUAAAGCCAUGAAAAGCCUCCUGCAGCAGCCUGAAGCGAUUGACAAACCGAAGGCCUUAUCUCUUCUGCUGCACACCGCUGAUAUCAGCCAUCCUGCCAAACGCUGGGAGCUUCAUCACUCCUGGACCUCGUCUCUGCUGGAGGAGUUCUUCAGACAGGGUGAUAAAGAAGCAGAGCUUGGUCUGCCUUUCUCUCCCCUCUGUGACCGUAAAUCCACCAUGGUGGCCCAGUCCCAGAUUGGAUUCAUCGACUUCAUCGUGGAGCCAACAUUUACAGUGUUGACAGAAAUGAUUGAGAAGAUUGUGACACCACUUAUUGACGAGGCGUCUCGCUCUGGACUCGCUGGAUUCAGACGUUCAAGUGACAUCAGUAUUAACGGCAGUGAUGGGAAGAAUUCCAGUGUGAAGAGUACCAGCUCAGACGGCUGCUGCUCUUUGGCUUCAGUGGACUUCAAGAGCUUCAAGGUCACAUGGAACCAGGAGAUUUGCCACAACCGGGACACUUGGAAAGAACAGGCAGCCAAAGACCUGGAGGAAAACACCAAGAAGGAGGAAGAGGCCAAGGAAGACAACAAGACAGAGGGGGAGAAAGAGUCAGACGUGUCCAAAUCAGGAGAGGGGGUGAUGAAAACAGACAUGGAGGGACAGGAGGAGGUGGAGAACAUGACACCAAAGGAGGGGUCACAACCUGCAGAGGAAAAAGGAGAACAUAAUUCAGGAGAGGCUGCAGACAAGCUGUUAGGAUCAGGGCCAGAUAACGUGGAUAAGAAGAAGACAGAAAGCAACACAGAGAAGCAGCAGAAUGAUGCUCCUCCAGACUGCCCCCUCAUCCACUACUGCAAGAGACCCAGCUACUGUGCCAGCUCCUAUCGGCUGGUCAGGUCAAAGGUCACUGAAAUGCGCCCAAUGGAUGCAAGAGGUCGAGUCAGGAGACUUCAGCGCAUCUCCCUGCGGCGCCGAAAGUGACCCAACAGCACAGAUUGUAAUAAUUCACAUUAUCACAUGAUAGUCAGUCUUUUCCCAGCUGCACUUCUGUUGAAUUUAUUUUGUACAUGUCAUGUUAAAACCUUAUCACCCCAUCAGCUGCUGAUGUCUUUACAUUAACACUGUCAAUGCAUGGUGUUGAUCAGCUCUUUAUGUCCCCUCUUAUUUAUUUAUUUAUUUUUUUGCACAACAGUGUCUUGUUUAUAAUUUCUCUUAUUAUUAUAGGUACACAGAUAAAUGUAACUGAUUUAUUGAUGUUCUGUAGUUUGAUGGCUGUACUCUCUAUAAGCUUUACACUGCUCUGUUGUCUCUAACUGGUUAUAUGAACGUGAUUAAUGUUGUUUAAUUUUGUGAUGCUCCUUGGCAGGUAAUUUCAAAUCCAGGUCAACACCAAAUGAUGAUUGUAUCUUGUCAGCUAAAGUUUAGAAAACGCUCAGGAAACAGCCAGAAUAUGCCCGAGUACCUGCAACCCAACUUCAAAAAUACCGGAAUAUCCCUUUAAGAAGUUACCCACUGCCAUGUGCUGUGUUGUUCUCUAUGUGUUGAGUUUAGAGCUGACAAUACCGAUGAUGUCAAAACAUUUAAAACAUCUGACAGAAUGUUUUAAGCAUUGCAGUGUUUGAAGUUGUGCCUGGUUAGAGUUCUUUUGGUUGUUUUUUAUAAAAUGCUGAGUCAGCCUCACCUUACAAUCCUGCAACAAUGUGGGCGGUUCAUUGCCUUCUAACUGCAGCCUGGCAUAAAUAGUAUUUUUAAAAUGCUGAUAAACAGUAGUAAGAAGAAGUUACAGCGCCUAUGAAAAAUAUUCAUUUCCUUGGAUGUUUUACCCUUUCAUUGACUUUAUACCAUGGUCUUGGUGAAUAUUCAAUUCUGAUUGGCUCUGGAAUUCCAUUUGUGUUCAUUAACUUUUGAUAAAGGACACCGAUCAAACUUCUCAAGUAGUUCUGGUCAAAAAUUUUUUACAAAUUAAUGCGCAGCAGCUGUCAAAAGCUUCUGAACUUCAUGGAGGCAACCGUUUUCUGCUACACAUCGGACGGUUCAGGCCUCCACGUCGUCCAUUAAUCCCUGAUAAUUGGACACCUCACCAGGCAUUAACCCUUAUAAAUCAAUGAGACCAAAAUGGAGCUUUUGGGCCAGACGCUAUGUUCUGCAUAUGCCAAUAACUGCAAAUUACCACAAACACUCUAUCCCCACUGUGAAGCACGGUGGUGGCAGCAUCAUGCAGUGGGGAUGUUUCUCAGCAGCCUGGAAUGCUUGUAAAGGAAGAGGGUAAAAUGAAUGGGGGACAAUCUUAUUCAGUCUGCAUGAAAACUACAAAUUGGGAGAAGUUUUGUUUUCCAGUGAGACGAUGAAGCAAAGCAUACAGAGAAAGCUACACAGAAAUGGUUUAAAGACAACAAGGCGAAUGUUCUGGAGCGGCUAAGUCAAAGCCCAGACCUCAAUCUGAUAGAGAAUUUGUGGCUGGACUUGAAGUGCAAUUUAAUUUCCCAUCAUAAAUUUAAAUUCAUUUAAAUUUCUGUAACACUAGAAUUAUGAGUAUCCAAGUUGCACUUUGUAUUUAUCACUAAUUGUCUAGACAUGGUAAAGGGCAAAGAAUGAACAUUUUGCACACUUAGUGGUCUUGUUGUAUUGAGAUCCUGCCGACAACACCAGUUUGAUAAAGAUAUCUUCUAUAAAUCUUCCAACAGAUGAUAAAAGAAGACACAGGAGACUAAGAUGGCUAAAGUUGAGCUGUUUAGUCUUGGCCAAAGAGAAACAGUGAUAUCAACACAAUGUGAGGGUGAAGCCAGAUUUCUAAUGAAGCCCAAAAUAUUUCACCCUCUGAAUAUUUAUGCAGUCACUCUACCUUACAAAUUGACAUUACUUUGAAGAAAUCUGUUUUCACUUUGACAUUAAACUUUUUUUAAAAUCUAAAAAGCCAAAUUAUACUGACCAUGAUUGAUUCAUAAAGUUAAUUAAAAGGUAAAACAUCUGAGAGGGUGAACACUUUUUAUCAGAACUGUAGUAUUAAGAAACUUUUGGACACCUUAGCUGCUCCAUUAUUACUUUAAUAAUUAUGAUUUUUUAAUUAAAUGUAGAAUCCAUAUUAAACAAAGAAGCACACCAUCUGUUUACACUAGAGUAGGAGUGGAUCUCUGAACCACCAGCACCAGGACCUGGCUUAGUGGAAAGAGGUAAAGGUAACACUGUUGAGUAUUUAAAUAAUGUAAGAAAUAUUAAGAAUAAUUAAAAUGGAUCAGGGUUUUAAAAAAUGAAUACUUUUGGGUUUUAUUACAGAGCAUUUUUAAGGAAAGAGCCCAGAUUAACAGUAAAACCCAGUGAUUGAAUAAAGAGUAUUAGAAAAAGACAAGGACAACAAAACAGGAAGUGAGGAUUUCGGACAAAAAAGGGGAAAAAAAAUGUUAGAAUUGCUCAAAUCAGUGUAAUGCACUUAUAUUAAUAAAAUCAAGAGCUAUACAUCUGCAGGUGUGUUCUUUUAUUUUAUGACAAAGUCAUCAUUAUUUAUAAGCCCCACUAAAUCUGACUUGCACUGACAGGUUUAUAUUUGUACAUGAGUAUGAAUCUUGUACAAGUGUGCAACCUGUGCCAACAAUUUCAGACUCCGCAUCAAGAGUCAUUUUGGGCAGCUGUGUUGGUUUAGCUGUGACCUCAAAGUGCAGAGACUCUUGGAAGGAGCCCAAAACCGUUUGGCUGUGGUUCCUCUUUAUCUAUAUG